AGCGAGCCCGAGCGGACGGCGGAGCGGAACAGUGUGAUCACGUAGUCCCACCACGCCGCAUGGUGGAUGGAUGUUUUUCCCGAGCGGACAGCGAGUAAAAUGCUGUAAACUGUGCAUCCUCGUCGUCGUCGUCGUUGCCACGCCGGAAAGGAAGGAGUGUGCCAGUGAGAACCAUCUCUCAAAACUGGCAUUUCUCAGCUAUUUGAAGACUGUGAGCACAUAUUUGGCUUAGGAGGUGAUUUAGGCUAUAUUGGGAGAAAAAUUCCUAAGCAAUACAAAAUGAAGUGGACAACUGGUGCUCCUUUUAAUGAACAAGUUGGCGAACUUACUCGUGUAUUCUCUCAAUGGAAUGAGUGCGAACAAACUGUUGUUCUUUAUGCACUGCUGCGUCGUAUACCUGCAGUUCAGGCAAGGUUUCUCGCACAAGCAGUACAACACUCUCUGCACUCUGUGUCUGAAUUGGAUAUUAAGGAAAUAAAUGCCAAUAAUCCAACUUAUAUCACUUCAUUAAUGUCGGAGUCAACAGAAAUUGCAAUUAAUCAACUCUUAACACAUUUGCCAUUACUAAGGCCUGGGAAUAUAGAGUGCAAACAAAGCUAUCUAUUGGCAAUACCUGAAUUAGUGAGUCAUUGUGUGAGCACAGGACAGUUUACAGAACAAACACAGCAGCUUUUGAGCUACACUUUGAUACACCCAGCUAUAACUAAUCAGGACAGACGUUCUUUAACUCAAUGGCUCAGACAUUUGGAAGAUCGUAUUAGUGGUACACCACCUAUUACUGGUCUUGAAGAUUAUCCAAAUACUCCAAUCAGAUGGGAGAGUCCCUGGCAAAGGAAUUCCAAGCAGCAAAGCGAUCAGGCUAAUCUAUUUAAUACGCAACCGGCCCACACGUUUCUACAAUUUCAAUCCCGUCAACGUCGUUCAAAUAGUUUGACGCCACCGGUGCCACCGCCACAUCAACUCGAAAUCUUCGAACGUACUAAUAACGCAAACAAUUCAUCCAGACAUAAGCCGCGUAGCUUCAGCGUCUCCGGAGAUCAUACCAGCAAUAUUAUCGGUUUGGGUCCACUGAGCCCACAGAGUUCCUGUGCGAGUAGCGGUAGCGAGGGUCGUUUGGAUGACGCUUCCAAUCGUUCGCUCGCGAGCGGCAUGAGAGAUGUACAAUCAUGGCUUAAAACAUUACGCCUCCAUAAAUACAGUUACUUGUUUGUUACCAUGGGUUAUGAAGAGAUGCUGCAAUUGACAGAGGAUCAAUUGGCAGAGCAAGGAGUUACAAAAGGGGCUAGGCAUAAAUUGGCUCUCUCUAUCGCUAAGCUGCAGCAACGGUAUAACACACUCUUAAAUCUGGAAAAGGGUUUGGUGCAACCUAGUGCCCGCGAUGGCAUGCAAAAUACUUCAUUCUCGCAGGGUUCAUCUUUACUCAUUAAUACAAUGGAUGAGCUCAAAACAAUCUUAGCCACUCCUAUGAAACCGAGUCAAGAAAACGAUCCGCAAGAUAUCCCUGCGCAAUUUACAAAAGUGCUUGGAAAGUUAUGCAGUAGAUUGGCUCUGGACAGCGUAGAAGAUAGUGUAUUGUGCGCGUGCAUCAACAUCUUGGAAAAAGUAUUGCAGCACGACUGUUUCACUCCAAAUCAGAAAGAGAAAGUGCAACAAUGGCGCAGUAGACUCGGCAAUCCACGACCAACUCCAAAGUGGCAACACAAUUAUGGUUACAAUAACAGGAGGUAUGGCAAUUCGCAACAGCACAACAGAAAGCCGAGUUUAAAUUUGACCCACAUUCACACCACCCAUCUACACAACAACCAUUUUAUGAUUACUCCGCAUAGAAACAGUAUAUCUUCACCGUAUUUGCAAAAUAAUCAGAAUCAGAAUAUGAAUACCUUGAAUACGAACAACUUGCGUACGAUACAUACGGUCGAGAAGAGACCAAGCCUACAAGAGACCAGCAGUUUGCAGCAAUUACAAAAAACAUUGCAACGUACAUAUAGCGCGCCGCGAGACCGCUUUUUGGGACACCCUACCAAUGGAGCGAAUGAAACGACGGAGCCGGAAAUCAAUUCUCGCUUGGAAUCUCUUUGCUUGAGGAUGACUGAGCAAGCGAUCGGCGGUUUCGGUGAGGCCUAAAUUUCUAGGAUCUAACGUAAGUCAUAUUUGAACUUCGAAUGUUCGACUUCGAAAAUUUUUUUGCGAGAAAUUCUGUUUGCCAAAAUACACGAGCGAGCGAGACAGUAAGCACAUAUUCAUGAGUCAUUGUUAUAAAGUGAUAUUUUAAUGGGGGGAUGACACAUUUUUUGUUGUGUGCAAACACUUGCGUGUAUACACACUUACGCUUUAAUAACCCUACCAAAUCGAAAAAAUGUCCGAUAUGUGCGACAUUAUUAUGAGAGAGAGAUAAAGAUAGGUCAUUCUUCGAGGAUCGAAUGACUUUUACACAUACACAAUACACACAUAUACACGUGUAAAUCAUAUUUUUAUUAUAUCCGAUGCAAUUGUACUAUUUAAUUGACAGAAUUUGGCAAGCCAAAUGCUAUUAGAAAGAUAGAGUCUUUCCUCGACUAUUUGCUGCAUCCAUAUAUAUAAAUAUAUAAAAAAAGAUAUAUACAUAUACAUAUGAGAUAAUGCAUAAAAUAAUAUUGCAGAACAUUGCAUGAUAUACAUUACUAUAUGAUGACAUUACAUUAUGUCAUCUUUUUCACUCUUUUCUCUCUUUCUCUAGUGUUUUAUAUGAUUUAAAAUAUGAGAAAGAGAAAAGAGAGUGAAAAAUUGAUAUUAUAUCUUCAUGUGAUGUAAUGCAAUAUCAUUUUUCAUGUUAUUCAUUUUGAGAAAUAGAAUUUGUCUGAUUUUAAGCACCAGAAGAUGUAAUAACAUAAUGUAAUUCAUUUUCAAUAAUUAGACUAAUUUUACUUUUUUUAAAUAUUAUAUUACUAUUAUUAUUAUUGUUACGUUAAUAUUAAAUUUUUACUAUUACUAACAUUAUCAGCAAGAGUAUCAUUAUAAUAUAAAUAUAAUCAUCAAUCUCACUAUCAGUAUCUCACUACAGUAAAAGUUUUUACUAUCAUUACCAACAUUAUCAACAUUAUUAUCACUAUAAUAAAUAUAUAUACAUAUAUAUAAUAUCACUAUCAUUGUAAAAAUAUAACAUUAACGUAAUAAUAAUAAUAAUAGUAAUAUGAAAUUAAAAAAGAAGUAAAAUUAGUAAAUUUAUUAAAAAUUAACUACAUUAUAUUAUUAUGUUUUCUGGCGCUUACAAUCAAACGAAUUCUUUUUCCCAAAUGAAAAAUAAUAUUACAGAACAUUGCAUAGUAAUGUAAUGUCAUUUUUUUACUCUUCUCUUUCUUUCAAGUGUUUUAUACGAUUUAAAAUACAAGAGAGACGGAAAGAAGGAGAAUGGAAAAAUGACAUUACAUCACCAUGCAAUGUAUUGCAAUAUCAUUUUUCACGUUAUCCAUUUUUCAAAAUGGAAUUCAUCUGAUUUUAAGCACCAGAGAAUUUUUUAGUAGCGUAAUAUAAUUCAUUUUAAUAAUUGGACUGAUUUUAAUUAUUUUUAAUGCUAUAUUACUAUUAUUAUGGUAAUAUUAUAUUUUUAUUAUAUGAUUAUAUUAACAUCACUAUCACUAUACUAGCGCUACUAUUGCUCCUAUUACUAUUAUUAUUAGCACAACACUACUAUUACUACUCUAUUCCUAUUACAUACUAUCAUCACUAUUAUCAAUCUUACACCACUACCGUUUUAUCUAUCGCUCUUACUAUUACUAUACUCCGUCUAGAAAGUGAGCUGAAUAUGCUUAAAGAAUUGACACUUUGUCGCAUGAGUUAAUCCGCGCAUACUUUUAAAACUUAAUCUCAACUAUACCGGAAAGCACAUAUGGCGGCGUGUAUGCUUUGUAGUUUGCGCACAGAUCUCGUGAUUUUUUUUUUUAUUUAGGUUGAUGAAUUUCACCCCGUUUCUUUUUUUCUUGUUUUUAUAAAAUGAUAAGCUCUUAUGAAAAUGCGAAUAAAUAUACAAUAAUGGAUAUUAAGGGCCUUACGUGGAGGAGACGAGUGAACGUAUAUAAGAAAUAUAGAAAUUUGAUAUUAUAAAGUAGCAGUGAAAUUCGGGGGAGGGGGAAGGGGCAGACUGACGCUAUACACCGUGGCGCGACAUCGAAAUCUGUGGCUUUAAAUUAUAAGCAUACAUCGUAUUUAAUCUAUUUAGCAUGUUGAAGUAGCGUCGCGAGUAAUAUAGCAUAAUAUUUUUUCGUGCAACCAGAAAAAAUUAAAUUUAUUAAAUUGUGUAAUGCUAGUGAGAGUAAUAACCGAUUAUUAUGAAAGGUAAGAAAAAAAAUGAAAGACUGAAUAAUUCACGCGCCACGAUCCGUCGGUUUAGAAUCCUGAAUGCUUCACUAUCCUUCCGUUCGUACGGAUUUUGUGUGCGCGUGGAUAAAAUAAUUGGAAGACUGCGAAGAUGGAAAAACUUGUCAAAAUAUUAAGAAUUAGCGAGCGAGCGAGAGGAAGAAAAAAAGAGCGAAAGAGAUGCAAAAAGAACGAGCGAAAGAAUAUCGAAAUUAAAGGAGAUAAAAUUAGUUAAUUAGUAUAUAUUAUAGCGAUUAUUAUAACAACAAUUAUAUUCUGCUAGAGGGUAAUACAUGUAAGAGACCGCGCGAUGAUUUCUCAAAUCCAGGAUUAUCCUGCAAGAACUGUAAUUUAUAGUAAUGACCGUACACACAAGACGAAUACCUAUACUUAAUCAUUAUUUCGUUUCACACACACGAUAUAUUUUUACUCGAUCAGCGGCAAUAGCAGCAGCACCAAAACUAUAUCCGAUCAGUUAUAUUUAUAUACAUGUAUACAUAUAUCUAUAUGAUAUGUAUCGCGAAACUCUACGAAUUCCAAGAGAGAAAUGAUCAAAAGCUAGUCAAAUGAUACGUUUUUAAUUUCUACCAGUUAUAGUUAAUUAAUUGUAAAUUAAAUCUACAUAUACACACAUAUUACAGAAAUCACAUCGAGACAUGAUAAAACACACAUAUAUAUACACACAACGUAUACAUACAUUCACACGGUUACAUACACGCAAUAAAUAAAGCGAUCCGAGCGAAAACGUAUGCGAAAAAGCUCAAAGACUGCUCCUAAGCGACAUCAGGAAUUUCAUUCAACGUAGAAUUACUACUUAUAUUUCAUCUAUUAUCGAAGCGCAUCAUCUAAUCUCCAACUGAUAAAGGCAGGACCUGAAUUAUAAUAAAGAGGAUGCAAAGAGAUUUUAUCCGCGAAACGUAUACAUAUAGAAAUAAAGGAAAAAAAAAAAAAAAAAGAAAAAACGAUUCUGCCGAGGAGCCGCCGCUACGUUAAUUUUAUGCCAAUUGAUCAUUGAUCUAUCAUCAUUGUUAUUUGUGGUAAGCUUACGUGACAUAGCGUAACAUAUAUACUUAGUACUUACACACGCAAUCGUUGUCAGGAUCGCUGGACACCUGUCUUGCUCAAAAUUAACUAUCGGCGGCGAUUGUUUCGUAGCUUUCGAAGGCGCGAUGCGCGUGAACGAGCGAUAACGAACGGAUAAGUAAAUUUUGAUUUAAAAAUCUUUUAAUCGCAAAUUGGAAAAUCAUAAGAAGCUAUGAAAAUGAACAUUACGGGUAAAUAACAUGAAGGAAGAAUUUCUCUCGACAAAACAAAUGCUAGUAGUGUCAAAUAUAAAAUGCGAAUUACAGUCAUCAAAAUAGGUUACUGAAGUCAUGCGGACGUAAAAAAAAGAUCGUGGAAAAAAAUAUGCAAAAUUUUUUAUUUAUGCAGUCGGUGCUUAUUGAUAAAAUUUUUGAUAAAUAAAUUUGCUUCAUACACUACAAAAUAUUUAUAAUUCUCAUGUUAAUGCAUCAAAAACAGAAUUUUUUGCGAUUUUCCAGUUUGUAAUGGCAUCUAUACGCGUAUACACGUGUGCACAUUUUAUUUGUUUAACUCGUUACAUUCAUAUCGAGUUUUCUUGGCCAUCCUUCUUAAAGUUUGGAUGGCGAUAAAAUGUUCCACUGUUUGCCAUGUUCUGUUAUCCGCUCGUCGACCUCGGUUCAGGAUAGAUGAAAAAGUAGAUAUAUAUAUAUAUAUGGGACAAAAGUUCGCGAGAUAUCCUUUGGCCGGAUACUUGCAUACUAGAGAAUUGCGCGAUUAAUUGUAGUAGUAAUUCUCAUAGAGUGAUUUUUCUCGAUUGAAAUUUUGAGUACGAGACGAUGCGAGUUUCCGGCUGAAGAUGUCCAGACGACGGCCCAGAUAGCAAAUGGUAAAUUAGAUUCGGUGCGGUAAAAUAAGACCGGACGUGUAGCGACUGAUUUGCUUUAAGAGAAAGCGCGACGCGCCAGACGCUUUUUCUUUUUUUUGUACGCGCGGGAGGGGAUUCGUAUCCUCGCCGGGAAAUACUAGUGUUCACACGUUUUGCCGCAGCUUCUCCGGAUAAUACUAGAUAAGCUGUAAUAAGACCCUUCGAAUCUUCGUCAGAGAUGAUUGCUAACCCCUGGGAUACCUUAGUCAUAUAAGUAAGCUGGGCAACUUGUAAAAAUGCAAUUUUUGUACUGUUAUAAAAAAAAAAAGUUGAAUAGACGAGGGUAAACUGACGUUGUAGCGUGAAAAAACAUUUUUCAAUAAAAGAUUUUUCAUACGCA